GAUGAAUACAAAGUACGUCGAUUACCGGGUGAUGAUAGAUGUGAAAAUUGUCAAAAAAAGUAAAUAAAUAAAUGUAAAUAUUGAUUUAAUAGAAUAUGGCUCUAACAAAUAUUUUACUUUUAAGUCAAAUUGCUGGCUAUUUUAUUGCCUUUAUUUUAUCAUUAUGUAUCGUAGUUCCAAUGGCCUGGCAUCAAGAAGACUUUAAGGGGCACUGUUUACUAUUUUCUACCGGAGACUGGCAAGAAACAGAUGGUCAACUGUUGGUACACUGGGCAUCUCAGAGCUACUGCAAUUAUACUAUAUUUGUAGGUGUAUUCCUUUUGCUGGUAUCAGUGAUACAAAUAUACAGAUUGUCUGUUUUUCUUUACAAAGGAAUCGAUAGUAGCUUCUUCUCAGCUUUCGUAGAUGUAUUGAUGGGAAUAUGGCUCGGCGGUAUGACAAUCAUUGCAGCCCUUAUGAUAACGUUAGGAUUUAUGGCCUGGUGUCAGAAUAUGACUGAAAGAUUUCCAUCUUGUGAACUAGCCGCAGGCCAAGACAUUGACCAUGCCGACAAAAUUAACACAGCCAACUUUUACAUCCAGAUGGGAACAGCUCAAUUCGGCGUGUGGGGAUCCUUUGCUACAUGGGUCGGACUAUCAGUAUGCGCUCUCUUGAAACUCUGCAGAUACCAUCAACUGGAAAACAUCCGCGUGUCCAUGUACAGAGAGCGGCAGCGCCUCAUCAACGAGAACGCUGAUUCACCUGGUAGCAGUCUUGGAAGGGAAUCCACCAACACCCAGACGACGGCCACGGCCGAGUGAUUGGUUCGUAGUGUCCUGAGGUAUCCUUAUUUAGUCAUAUGCGCUAUUAUUCAUAUAUCUUUAUUGCUUCACAGAAGUUUUCUCCAGUUUUUGACUGAUAGCUGAUAUAAAGGGCAAUUUCCUAUUAUAAGUUUGUGUCUUAGUAUAGUACAACUUCAAAAUGAUUGACUGAGUUCGGCAAAUGUCGACAUAAACAGUCUAAAAUAUGCUCAGAAUAUCUACGAAACGAAAAGCUCUGGAAAACUUUCUUUAUUAACUGUAUAUAAAUAAUAGAACAGUGGUUUGUUAUGUUUUCCCAUAUUCUUCUUCGUGUGCCUCAUGUUUUAAGGACAUUGACGAUCAUUACGGCCCUCUGCCUGCAGCGGUUCUGAAGUGUUCUAUUAUUGUUUUUCCACUCCACUGUUUUAAAUUUUUCAACCAGGACAUGCGUUGUCUCCCUGAUCCUUUUUUUCCUUCAACUUUCACUUGUAUAACCAAUCGCAUCAACUCAUAUUUUCUAUUUCUUAGUAUGUGACCAAAGUAACUCUUUCUUUCCUUCAUAGUGUUGAGGAUUUCCUUUUUCAUCUUUCUUAAUAUUUCCGUGUUUGUUAGGUAUGGUAUCCAUAUUUUUCACAUUCCAUGAUAUCACCACAUCUCAAAGCUGGCAAGUCUUUUUUCAAUUGCGUCCUAAAUGUCCAGGCUUCAACUCCAUAUAAAAGGACAGAGAAUAUGUAGCAUCUCAAUACUCUAGUUCUAAUUUCUAUUCCCAGUUUUGCAUUGCAUAAUAUUACUUUCAUCUUAUUAAAAGUGCUUCUGGUUAUCUCAAUGUGUCGUUUUAGUUCAAGUCUGCAGUCCCAUUGGUCAUUUAGCUCAAAUCUCAAAUAAUUCUAUCUGGGUACUUUCUCUAAAGCUUUUCGUUUAACAUAGGUUGCUCAUUACAUGUUUCUAAACCGUUAGUCCUGUCGCCAGGGGGGGUACAACGGCCUCGUUAAUUCAGAUGGACUUACUCAAGUUUUUUUUAUGUAUUUUGACCCGUAGAACACGAAUUUUUUGGGUAACAGUUGAUCCGGAUGUCGAUAAGAUUGUUAUAGACCAAGAACUUGAGGAAUCAAAUAACAGCGAUUUUUGGCAAAACAAAACAAUAUUUUGUAUUUUUUGGGCCAUUUUAAGUAAAAAAUAUUUCUACAAGUUUUUUCGUAGGAUGCACAGUUUUUGAGAUAAACGCGGUUGAACUUUAAAAAAAUCGAAAAAUUGCAAUUUUUGAACCCGAAUAACUUUUGAUUAAAAAAUAAAAUAGCAAGUCUGCUUACCGCAUUUGAAAGUUUAAGUCAAAUUAUAUCGGUUUUGAUUAUUUGCAUUGGUAAAAAUUUGUUUUUUUAUUGUUUAACAAAGCUAUAAACACGUAGGGUUUCCCGUGCUUUUACAUGCGUUUUAACGCAUGUAACGUAGAAAUAGACUUGAUUGCACUAGUACCUAUUCUACCUACUCGUUCGAUUUUAAAUGAGAAAUCAUAGAAACAUCACUCACGCACUAGUUGUUUGUAGCUUUGUUUAACAAUAACACAAUAAAUUUUUAGCAAUGCAAAUAAUCAAAACCGACAUAAUUUGACUUGAACUUUCAAAGGCGCUAAGCAGAAUUGCUAUUUUAUUUUUUAAUCAAAAGUUAUUCGGGUUUAAAAAUUGCAGUUUUUCGAUUUUUUGAAAGUUUAACCGCGUUUAUCUCGAAAACUGUGCAUCCUACUAAAAAACUUGUAGAAAUAUUUUUUGCUUAAAAUGACCCAAAAAAUACAAAAUAUUGUUUUGUUUUGCCAAAAAUCGCUGUUAUUUGAUUCCUCAAGUUCUUGGUCUAUAACAAUCUUAUCGACAUCCGGAUCAACUGUUACCCAAAAAAUUCGUGUUCUACGGGUCAAAAUACAUUAAAAAAAACUUGGGUAAGUCCAUCUGAAUUAACGAGGCCGUUGUACCCCCCCUGGCGACAGGACUACGUUCUUUCAUUUGCCUACUACUCAAUAUUUUAGAGAAAAUUUAGAGUUGAAACACAGACUAUCAUUUUUUAAUUUGUACUAAAUUUUGUUUUGUGUUGUGUUAUACAGUUUUUUUAAUAUAAAUUGCUAUGAACUGUUGUGUAUAAGUUAUUUUCUUAUACAGGUACAUAUUCUCCAUUAUUUUGAGUACCUAUCUUUCCGACAAAAAAUUAUGAAAAUUUCUAAAUUUUUGGUUAUGAUAAAUUUUGACUCAUCUGCAUUCAGAAUUGACACGCCUCAUAGCUAUCAGACAAUAUUACUGAAUCAUAUGCGUGUUGUUUUUGUCUCAUUUCAUCAAUAUGUUUUCCGCAAGACCUCUAGACCAUUUUUCAAUGUAUUCUAAGUUGUUUCUAAGUUUUAACUUACUCAAAUAUUAUUAAGAUUGAUAAUAUUUUUACUUUAUUUUAUAUAGAUUACUUUGAGAUUAAAAUAAAACUACUUUUCUGGAAACGAUGAAUACAUGUUAACAAUCUGGCGAUUGGUCCCGAAGUCGUCAAAAGAUAUAUUUAGCCUGUUACUUUUAGCAAAUUUCUGUUUAUGUACUAAAAUUUAAAAUUUUAAUACCUAUGUGAAGCCCCUAUGUAGUCUGUAUAUUAGUUUUAUUGUGAUAUUUAUUAUUUGUAUAAGAUUAUUUACAUUUAAAUAAAGUAUAACAAGAA